UCGAAUCAACAUGUUUACAUCAAAAGCACUAUUAGUUUACGGCAAAAAUAUAGUAAAUCGCCUUUUUGCAACGCACAUCAGCACCCCUCCUACAGCAGUCCGUGUUGUUGAAGUCGGGCCGCGUGAUGGCCUUCAGAAUGAGCCGAAAAUAUUGCCGGCAGCGGUUAAAAUUUCGCUGAUCGAUCAAUUGUCUGACACAGGUCUACGAACAAUUGAGGCCACAUCCUUUGUUAGCCCAAAAUGGGUGCCACAAAUGGGCGAUAAUAUGGAAGUGAUGUGUGGCAUACAGAAAAGACCCGGAAUCACCUACCCAGUACUUACACCCAAUCUAAAAGGCUUCGAAAGUGCCCUGGCCGCCGGUGCCAACGAAGUAGCGGUGUUUGGUGCGGCAUCGGAUACAUUUUCCAUGAAGAAUUUAAAUUGUACGGUAGCCGAGAGUAUGAAGCGCUUCAAGCCAGUAUUGGAAGCAGCAAAACAGGCUAAUGUCAAAGUGCGCGGCUACGUGUCCACUGUAUUGGGUUGCCCCUAUGAGGGUGCAGUGAAGCCAAGUGCAGUUGCCAAAGUUGCGGCUGAGCUCUACAGUUUGGGAUGUUAUGAAAUAUCAUUAGGAGACACUAUUGGCGUGGGGACGCCAGGUUCUAUGCGCCGCAUGUUGGAAGAAGUGGUAAAAGUUGUGCCACCGAAAGAACUUGCCGUGCACUGCCAUGACACCUAUGGACAAGCGUUAGCAAACAUACUAGUCGCCUUGGAAUAUGGCAUAAUAGUUGUGGACUCGUCAGUGUCAGGGCUUGGCGGCUGCCCUUAUGCCCGUGGCGCCUCCGGUAAUGUAGCGACCGAGGAUGUAGUUUAUAUGUUACAUGGCAUGGGCAUUGAAACUGGAAUAAACCUCGAGAAGCUUAUUGCGGUUGGGCGAUUUAUAUGCCAAGAGUUGGGACGCGAAACCCAAUCAAAAGUAAACCGUGCUUGGAAGGGCACACAACCAAAUGAAAAGAAUUAAUCAUAUUUUAGCAGGUGAAUAUUGAAAUUAAAUAGAUACAAGGAACAGCUCAAAAAAAUCAAAUAUGGAAACGAAUCUGCGAUACUAUUGCAUUUAUAAAACUAGUUUUAUUGAUAUGAAUAUGCGUGUGUUUAUUUUUAGUGUAAAGUAAAUAAGAAGUUUUGAAAGUGUUUUCAAUAUAGUAAUU